GGAGUAUUGUGGGUGUCAGUAAGGAAGUAAAAUGGCGGACCUGGCAAACGAAGAGAAGCAUGCCAUAGCCCCACCAGUGUUUGUGUUCCAGAAAGAUAAAGCUCAGAAGAGGUCAGUAGAAGGGUCCAGUGCGGAGGAUGGAGAAGACUCUGAUAAAGAUGAGAGUAGUUACUGUCCCCCGGCCAAGAGGGAAAGGACAUCGUCACUAACACAGUUCCCACCCGCACAUUCAGUUUCUAAGAACAAUGUGUUCAUGCCAUCCAGUUUCUGUCAGUCCCCGACAGGAAAUAAUAAUUCAGAUUCAGAACCUGAGGAGAAAACGGUUGGGUUUCGCCUGAAGCCUCCCACCCUGAUCCAUGGACAGGCUCCUAGUGCAGGUGUCCCGAGCCAGAAACCCAAGGAGCAGCAGCGCAGUGUACUACGACCCGCAGUACUGCAGGCCCCUCUGGCCACCAAAUCACUAACCCAGACCGGGUUGAACAGUGGUACAAAUGGAGUGAAUAGGUCAUCUGAGGGUCUACCAGUCACCCAGAACAACACAGAGAAGUGUGAUGACACGACCACGUCACAGGUUGAGCAAAGCAGUGAACAGAAAGGCUCUACAUCAGCAGAAUCAGGGGAAACCAAUUAUUUCCUACAAUACAGAAGCACUCCCAGCUUACAGAAGGCUGAGAACAAGGCUGACGACGGGGAUAAGUUUGUGUUUGGACAGAACAUGUCGGAUCGUGUCCUGAGUCCGUUGAAAUGUGAACAAGCAGCCGAGGGCAGCAGAGAUCUCCCCACUGCCCCGCCCUGUGAGCUCCCGUCAAAAGACAGCAGCCCUGAUAAAGAUAACAAUGUGACAGAGUCUUUGGAGGAGUCGGCGGCGGCCUACACCAAAGCCACAGCCAAGAGGUGUUUGUUAGAGAAAGUAGAGGUCAGAACUGGAGAGGAGUCGGAGAGUAACGUUCUUCAGGUCCAGUGCAAGUUAUUUGUGUUUGACAAAGCUUCACAGUCUUGGGUUGAGAGAGGCAGAGGACUGCUAAGGCUCAAUGAUAUGGCUUCCACAGAGGAGGGAUCGUUACAGUCCAGGCUGGUGAUGAGGACCCAGGGUAGUUUGCGUCUGAUCCUCAACACCAAACUGUGGCCUCAAAUGCAGACGGACAAGGCCAGCGAGAAGAGCGUCCGCAUCACAGCCAUGGACACUGAGGACCAGGGGGUCAAGGUCUUCCUCAUAUCGGCAAGCUCUAAGGACACAGGGCAGCUGUAUGCAGCGCUGCACCAUCGUAUUCUGGCCCUGCGGAGCCGCUCAGACCAAGAGCCAGAGCCCAGGGUCCCCAUCCCAGAUGGCCACAUCCCUCAUCCCCAGUCUAACGGGGAGGAUAGUGAUGAGGACGAACCACUCACACCCACUGCCAACACCACAGAGGGUCCAGAGGCCCAGUCCUGCGGGACUGGCAGUGGGAUUGGGUCCUCAUAGCACCUGCCCCCUUUCAUCGGCUCACGCACUGCAGUCAGGACCACCUUACAGACCCCUCCAUGGACACCUCAGGCCAGCAUCUCCCCAGUGGUCCGAGGUCACAGUGGAGCGCCAGGAAGGAUCCUAUGCAGGUGUUACUAAGUUAACUCUGCAGUUCAAACUCUGGAUUCACAGUAUAUCCAGGAUGGAUGGUCUUUUUUGUUUAGUAUUUGUCUUUUUUAACCUCUAGAACUAGAUUUUGGGGGGAGUGGGGGGUGUUGUGAAUUGGAUGCUCAUCAUAUUGAUGAGUCUGAGGGAACGAGAAAGCAGUUUUCUUUUCUAGCUGAUAUAAGUACAUUCUAAAUAGUUUGCUGUUAAAAGUGGGACUUCUUUAGCCACCUUGCAAGAGAACAGACCUCAGGCACUUCAGUGGGGCUUGUAUUUUGUUCAGCGAGGUAAAGAUUGAGUUGCAUAGCAAAUAUUUGUUUAUAAAGUCUUUUUUUAUUUCACUGAGUUUUGUCAUUGAAGUGUCUGAACUCUUACUUCAAGUUGUAUUUUUCUAAGGCAAAAUGCUUGCACACACUAGCUAGGAUUAGUCCGUCAAUACCUCCUCUGGCCACUGUUAGUUUUUAGACUGUAGUCCACAUUGUCAUUUAUUUUUUUACCACAAAUCGGUUGAAUUUAAAAUCCCUUGUGCAAACACCUGCUUUGAUGUUCGUAGCCAUAAAAUAUUUAAUUAAAUAGUGGAAUUUACCUGUGUUCAUGAUUAUUAUUACUGAUACAUUACGUUUUUAUUGAUAGUUAAUAUUAUCGACUUUGUUUUUGAAAUUCACGCGAAAAUUAACUAAUUCUGUAAAUAAGAAAGCUUGUUGGAUUUGAUUAUUUUACAACAGGUUUGCACCAUGACCCCAAAGUUUACCCUGAAUAUAGCCGUUAGAUUUGUUUGUUUAAAAAAAAAAUUUUUUUUUUAUAGAUAGAUCAGAAAAAUAUACAUGUUCUCAAAUAUAUAUAUGGAAGAAACCCUUUUUAUGUUUCAGUUGUUUAAAAUUAUGUAAUUAGUUUGCUUUAAAUAAGUUCCAAUUACAAGGAUUUGUUUAUAACAACCACGAUCUCAGAAUCAUAUAAGACCAUUGCAACAAAAAAAAUCACAAUUUUUUCAUGCGAUCAGAAAGGCCAAUAUAAUAACUUUUAGGUUAGGGUGUUGGCAUUUGGUGUAUCUAGCAUGUCAUUAUUUGCAUCUGUCCUAAACUUGUUUGACAUCAAAACCCUACAAAAUGCACAUAUACUCUCAGAACAGCGAAUGCUGCCAUUUUAUUCAAAGAGCUAUAGACAUUGGAACAGGUGGUACUACGCACACAGGGCACAGUAUUUUUCACCAGUAGUCUGGUGCUGAGCCCUCUAUUUAUUCCUUUGUUAAAUAGAUUGCCCUGGGUUGGUGUAUUUAAAACAAACAGCCCUUAAAGAGAAGUAGAUGACUAAUGUAAUAUUUUCUUCAGUGAAGUGUAGUUCCUCUUGUUUUAAGCCUUUUUCUUCCUCAUCGGUGGAAUGAGUAAUAUUUCUAAGUUCUAUUAUAGCGUUCUACUUUUUCAUUUACUACAAGCCUUUGAUGUGAAAAAAUGUAUUUUAACUAAAAAAAAGUAUAAUAAGAAAAGUUUGAAACAAAAAAAAACAGGCAAGUAGACAUAUUAUUGGUUAAAAUGUAUAAAUCCUGUAAUGUAUAUUAUUGAAUAAGCAGCCUUUAAAGGAAUAAUCCACUCAAACUUUAUUUAGGUAAUUGUCAUUUCACUGUUGAUAAUGAAACAAAUUCCAAAAUAUAGUUUUUGAGUGGAUUACUCCUUUUAAGUGUAAAAAAAGGACAACUCCUUAUUUAGUACUCUUCUUCACCACAGUCUAUAGAAACCUCACCGUGUAAUGUGCUCUGUAAAAUUGUGUUCUCUCCAUUUUUCCCAUUCUGCUUGUGUAGCUACAAACAGGACUAUUCCUAAUGGCCCCGUUUUUAACAAGGCAUCUGGGUUUCGCCUAUCAGAUAAGAAUAGAAUAGAAUGAAUAGAACGUAAGUCCCCAUUCAAGUCAAUGUUUUGUCCAUUCUAUUCAUUCUAUUUCUAUGCAUUUAAUCCUAUCCGAUAGGUAAAAUCUAGAUAACUUAAAAAGAAACUGGGCCCUGGACAUGAAUGUAUGGCAACUUGUCUCUAUAUAAAGGGCCAGGGGCCGACGUUUUUCAGCA